UCGAUAAAAGACAAAUUUACAAUAAAUACGGUGAAGAAGGACUUAAAAAUGGCGAGCCUAACGAAUACGAAAGAAAUAAUUAUACAGCCAACGUAGAUAUGAGAGAAUCUUUAUUACUCUUUCAUUUUCAUGAUCCUGAAGAAAUAUUUAGGUCAUUCUUUGGUGGAUCAUUGGCUGAAAUAUUUGGCGGUGGUGGGUUAGGAGGAAUGCGCGGCUCAUUAUUCAAUCAAUCCUCAUUCGGCAUGUCUCCUUUUGGUAUGGGAGGACUUCGCUCAACCGCUUUCGAUGAUCCUUUUCUUAAUCCAUUCGGUAACGCAUUUGGAAGUUUUGGAAAUAUUGGACCAUCAGCGGCGACAUCAUCAUUUUCGUCAUUCUCUUCAAAUUCAUUUUCCGGAGGAGGUCAAGGUGGAUUUGUAAAGCAAUCCACAACCACGGAAUUCGUUAAUGGU